AAAAAUCUAGAUUGCUACUAACAAAAAAAGAAAAAAGAAAAAAAGAAAAGCAAGAAAUGAGAGACUAGAAGGCGAAUCAUAGUUGCGAAGAGUCGCACACAUACAGAGACUAAAUCCUCGCAACUGGCGAGGCGUUAAACCCAACCGCUUUCAUUCACCAAAAUUUCCGAUCAGAUCUACAAACCCUAAUUCUUCACUCUUCAAUCGAUUAACAGAAAAAACCGAUCAAUGUCGACUUUUCACGUCGGCGGCAAGGUCGUAGACAGAGUUGAUUUGCUUAGGAAGAAACACUGGCCAUGGCGCUUAGAUAUUUGGCCUUUCGCUAUUCUAUACGGCGCGUGGGCUUCAACUAUUGUUCCAAGCCUCGAUUUCGUUGAUGCUUGUAUUGUUUUAGGUGCACUCGCUUCUUUUCACAUUCUCGUGUGUCUCUUCACCGCUUGGUCCGUUGAUUUCAAAUGCUUUGCGUAUUAUAGCAAGGUUAAAAAUAUUGAUCAGGCUGAUUCGUGCAAGAUUACUCCGGCGAAAUUUUGCGGUUCUAAAGAAGUUGUGCCGCUCAAUUAUCGAAAACCAUCUGCAGGUUCUUCAUUAGCAGUGGAUCUGGAAGAGGUUUACUUUGAUUUUAGAAAACAAUGUUUUGUUUAUUCAAAGGAGAAGGGGACUUUUUGCAAACUUUCUUACCCUACCAAGGAAACAUUUCAAUAUUAUGUCAAGAGUACUGGUCAUGGCUCCGAAGCCAAAGUUCUUGCUGCUACUGAGAAAUGGGGGCGGAAUGUAUUUGAUUAUCCUCAACCAACAUUUCAGAAAUUGAUGAAAGAGCACUGCAUGGAACCUUUUUUCGUAUUUCAGGUUUUCUGUGUUGGUCUCUGGUGUUUGGAUGAAUAUUGGUAUUAUAGUUUGUUUACUCUAUUUAUGCUGUUUAUGUUUGAGUCAACCAUGGCAAAAAGUCGGUUGAGGACUCUGACUGAGUUAAGACGUGUUAGAGUGGAUAAUCAGAUCGUAAUGGUUCAUCGUUGUGGCAAGUGGGUAAAAAUCUCUGGUACAGACCUUUUGCCUGGAGAUGUUGUUUCUAUAGGCCGCUCUUCUGGUCAGAAUGGAGAGGAAAAAUCUGUACCUGCAGACAUGCUUAUUUUGGCUGGAAGUGCAAUUGUGAAUGAAGCUAUUCUCACAGGCGAGUCUACUCCUCAAUGGAAGAUUUCUAUCGCGGGUAGAGGUAUGGAGGAGAAGUUGUCAGCAAAGCGAGAUAAAACCCAUGUUUUAUUUGGUGGAACUAAAAUAUUGCAGCACUCUCCAGAUAAGACCUUUCCUCUAAAAACACCUGAUGGUGGCUGCUUGGCUGUUGUCCUGCGAACGGGGUUUGAAACAAGUCAAGGAAAGUUGAUGCGAACAAUCUUAUUCUCUACAGAAAGGGUGACUGCUAAUAGCUGGGAAAGUGGAUUGUUCAUUUUAUUCUUGGUUGUAUUUGCUUUAAUUGCGGCAGGUUAUGUGCUUAUUAAGGGGCUAGAAGACCCCACAAGGAGCAAGUAUAAACUUAUACUAAGUUGUUCUCUUAUUGUUACUUCUGUGAUACCUCCCGAGCUACCAAUGGAAUUAUCAAUAGCUGUUAAUACUUCUCUGAUUGCACUGGCUCGCCGUGGAAUUUUUUGCACAGAACCUUUCCGGAUACCAUUUGCUGGGAAGGUUGAUAUAUGUUGUUUUGACAAGACUGGGACACUUACAUCUGAUGAUAUGGAAUUUUCUGGAGUUGUUGGCUUGACAGAAACUACAGAUUUGGAAUCUGACAUGAGUAGAGUGCCUAUACGAACACUAGAAAUCCUGGCUUCUUGCCAUGCAUUGGUAUUUGUUGAGAAUAAACUGGUUGGAGAUCCUCUUGAGAAGGCUGCACUUAAAGGAAUCGAUUGGAGUUAUAAAUCUGAUGAGAAGGCCAUUCCUAAAAGGGGAAAUGGCCAUCCUGUCCAAAUUGUUCAGCGGUAUCAUUUUGCAUCUCACUUAAAACGAAUGGCAGUUGUUGUUCGUAUUCAGGAAGAAUUUUUUGCAUUUGUGAAGGGUGCCCCAGAAAUUAUACAAGAUAGGCUCAUUAAUGUACCUCCAGCAUAUGUUGAGACCUACAAAAGAUAUACACGUCAAGGGUCUCGUGUUCUUGCUCUGGCUCACAAGUCUCUUCCUGACAUGACAGUCAGUGAAGCUAGAAGCUUGGAUAGGGAUAUGGUGGAGAGUGAACUUACUUUUGCUGGUUUUGUGGUGUUUAAUUGUCCCAUAAGAUCAGAUUCUGCUACUGUUUUAGCUGGAUUGAAAGAAUCUUCACAUGACUUGGUGAUGAUUACUGGUGACCAAGCUUUGACGGCCUGUCAUGUCGCUAGCCAAGUUAAUAUUAUAUCAAAACCAACAUUAAUCCUUAGUCCAGCAAGUAAUGGUGAAGGAUAUAAUUGGGUGUCCCCUGAUGAGCGUGAGAACAUUCCCUACAGUGGGAAAGAGGUAGAAUUUUUGUCAGAGACUCAUGAUCUAUGUGUUGGCGGUGAUUGCUUUGAGAUGUUGCAACAGACAUCAGCUCAUCUUCUAGUCAUUCCUUAUGUGAAGGUUUUUGCUCGAGUUGCUCCUGAUCAAAAGGAACUUAUCUUGACCACUUUCAAAACAGUGGGACGGGUAACAUUGAUGUGUGGGGAUGGAACCAAUGAUGUUGGAGCUCUGAAACAGGCCCAUGUAGGAGUUGCUCUUCUGAAUGCAAUACCUCCAACUCAAGGUGGAAAGUCCUCUUCAGAAGCAUCUGGGGAAGACAGUUCAAAAUCUGCUAAGCAAAAUAAAUCAUCUAAGCCUGCGCUGGAAACAUCUGGAAAGACGAUUAUCCCACAUGGAGAAGGCACAUCAAGAGCCAGAGGUGCUUCACAAUUAGACUCUGCCAGCAUUCAAAGAGCCAGAGUUGCUAUACCAUCAGACUCCACCAGCAAUUCAUCUGGUAACCGUCAUCUAACUGCUGCUGAGAAUCAAAGACAGAGGCUUCAGAGGAUGAUGGAUGAGCUUAACGAGGAAGGAGAUGGCCGAGCACCCAUUGUGAAGCUUGGUGAUGCCUCGAUGGCAUCCCCAUUCACUGCUAAGCAUGCAUCUGUUGCUCCCACCACUGACAUAAUUCGACAAGGCCGAAGUACCCUAGUGACAACCCUCCAGAUGUUUAAAAUUCUUGGCCUCAACUGCCUUUCUACUGCAUAUGUGUUGAGUGUUAUGUAUCUGGAUGGUGUCAAGCUAGGUGAUGUACAAGCCACAAUAAGUGGUGUAUUCACUGCUGCAUUUUUCCUCUUUAUCUCACAUGCACGCCCUCUUCCCACUCUCUCAGCUGAACGUCCCCACCCCAACAUCUUCUGUGCUUAUGUCUUGCUUUCCCUCUUGGGACAAUUUACUGUUCACCUGUUUUUUCUGAUAUCAUCUGUCAAAGCAGCUGAAAAAUACAUGCCAGAGGAAUGUAUUGAACCAGAUGCAGGUUUUCAUCCCAACCUGGUUAAUACCGUUUCCUACAUGGUGAGCAUGAUGAUCCAGGUGGCCACAUUUGCUGUAAACUAUAUGGGCCAUCCCUUCAACCAAAGUAUUUCUGAAAACAGGCCAUUCAUGUAUGCCCUCGUUGCUGCUGUUGGUUUCUUUACUGUGAUAACAUCCGAUAUCUUCAGGGAUUUGAAUGACUGGUUGAAGUUGGUGCCGUUGCCAGUGGGUUUGAGGAAUAAUCUAUUGAUUUGGGCUUUUCAAAUGUUUUUUGUAUGCUAUUCAUGGGAGAGAAUGUUGAGGUGGGCCUUUCCCGGUAAAGUCCCAGCUUGGAAGAGGCGACAACAGGUUGCUGUAUCUACUUUAGAAAAGAAGAAAGAGCUCUAAGUAGUUUAAGAGAUGUGAUGAAGAAGACUGACAAUGGGCGGUGCAGUGAUGACAUGCGGCCUUCAACUUGUGAACCAAUUUGCAGAGAUGCAUGUGUAAUGAAUUUUUGUUAUAGGGUUUUUUCUUUCUAGUUCUUUUCCCAUUGAUUGGUGGGGGAUUUAUCUAAUGUUAAAUCAUUUUUGGGAGAAAUGUGAGUUUUAGAUCACGUGCCCUACGAAUUAUAGAAUAUGUUUUUCUUAGUUUUUAUUAUUUCAAAUAUUACAAUUCAUUCUA